AUGAGGGGAUGUCUCGAAUUUGCUGCGGGGCACUCGGCGGUGCCCAGUGUGGCACAGCUCGGCGCAGGAGGCGUUGGCGCUUUUGCCAAGGACGAUCCCGACGACGUGCGCGCAGAUCGGUCUCCGGUCGCCGCGAAGCUUCUGGGGAUCCUCCUCCUGGGCUGCAAUGUGGUGCUGAGCUUCGUUCCCAUGUGCCAGGCCCUGCAAGGGCACGCUAGCAGCUGCCACGUUGACUGUCGCCUCAUCGAGCAUGCUGCAGAUUGCACAUUUGGGGGAGUCAUCGAGCAAGUAUUGGAAGGGAACAAAGCAGGCCUCCUGUGUGGAUCUUGUGCUUCCAGGUAA